AUGGCAGAAAACGAAACCGUCAUCAAGCCAAAGCCUCGGCCAAUCAUACGCAUCGGCCUGUUUCUCAUUGCCCACAGUCUCUUCGUAAGUGUGGCAUGCUGCAUAGCAGGGAUUGUAACUCUUCUCCUUUUGCCUCUUCUCGCGAAGAACACUUAUGUCUCUGAGAAUGCUCUUAUGCCUGGUUCUGCUACUCCUAUGCUCUCUCACAACGAUGCUUCGGACGGGCACAGUUUUUCGAACCGGAUACUGAAUCUGAAUUCACAGACUGGCAUUGAAAUUCCUGAAUUGAUAGCAGAACACAUGAUGCAGUUGGGUGGCGAAACUAGCUACCACAUGUUCCAACCAAUACCUAACAAGUUUCACCCCGUACACUUUUUCUUGGGUCCUGAUGCUGGAAUAAUAAAAGAAAACCACAGCUGUACCUCUUAUGGGAUCAAUACGGUUGGAAUUAUAAGGGCUCCACGUGGUGAUGGGAAGGAAGCCAUAGUAAUUGUAACACCUUAUAAUUCCACAGAUAUAACAUUUGGUGAGGCUUUAUCUCUAGGGAUUGCUUACUCAGUCUUCUCUCUCCUAUCUCGAGUUACCUGGCUCGCAAAGGAUAUAAUAUGGCUUGCUGCCGACUCGAAACAUGGAGAAUUUGCUGCGGUUGGUUCGUGGUUGAGAGAUUAUAACACACUUUCUUUUGGUGAUUUAAAGUCACAUCAGGAAAUAUGUUUUGAAGAUGCAAUAUCCAGUGACUUUCGAAGAGCUGGCACAAUGGCAGCUGCCCUUGUCAUUAAGGUCGCUGAUAGCAGCAUGGAAUUCGGAAAUGACGUUCUCAACAUAUAUGCUGAGGCUUCUAAUGGGCAGAUGCCAAAUUUGGACCUCAUUAAUGUUGUUAAUUAUUUGGCGGUACAUGGGCAGGGCUUACAAGUUAGGGUGGACAAGGUUUGGUCGUUGCUUGAUUCGUGGUGGUUAAAAAGUCUUGGAAAAUUAUUUGAGGUGCUUGGUAUAGUAGGUAAAAGCUUAAAUCCACAAUGGAAGUUUGGUAUACCUGCUGCGGAUUAUGUUGACGGCUGUGCCACUCUUGCCAGUUCCUUAUAUAACCAGGCAUUAGGUGUUCCCACCGGCCCACAUGGUGCAUUCCGUGAUUAUCAAGUUGAUGCGAUCACUAUGGAAAUAUCACCAAAGUAUUUAUCCUCAAGUCAGAGGAUUAUGUUCCUACAGCGUGUUGGCAGGUUGGUUGAAGGAGUCAUACGAUCCGUGAAUAAUCUCCUCGAGAAAUUUCAUCAGUCCUUUUUCCUGUAUCUUUUAACAUCUCCAAGUAGGUUUGCUUCAGUUGGAGUCUACAUGAUUGCCUUUGCUUUACUCGUGGCUCCACUUCCACUAGUUUCUGCCUCUCUUUUUUCCAAUGCUAGCGAACUUGGAAAGAGCAAUACCGAAAUUUCAUUCAACCCAUCUUGGAAAUGGCUUAGCGCAACAAGAACCGUUCUUAUUGUCCACUUAUGGGGCGCAUUCGUAACCUUACUUCCUUAUUUUACCUCCUCAAACCAUGAUUCCUCGCCUUCAGUCCACCGCUCGGCUUGGGUUGUGCUUUCUUUGCUUACCCUCCUAUUUGUGUUUGCAGUAUUUAAUUCUUUUUCAAUUUUAAAGAAAAACCAACCUCAGAUAAACGAAUGGGCUCUCGUUAAAUCGGUGACAGUGGCUGCUGCUUUCGUUGGACUUUGUCUAAUGUCUGUUAUAAAUUUUGCAACGGCUGAAAUUGGUUCAUUAGUGUUGGUGCCGAUGUGUUUGACAGUUGCGCCCUUAAGGCGAAAAGUAAAUUCUGUGAGAACAUUCAUCCUUGGAGUGUGUAGUAUGGCAUUGGUGUUUGUGGGCUUUCCUCCGGUUGCGUUUCUUUUGUUAAAAGGCGGGUUGAAUGGAUUUGACACAGUUGGAUUUGGCGAUUUCUGGGUUUGGGCCGAGUCGCUUUGGGCUUGGAAUAGUGCGACUUAUAUUUACUUAUGGGGACGAGCUUUGGUAUAUCGGUUGACAUUGAUGGUUGAUCUCGUGAGAUUGAGGACACGCAUCGAGAUCCCUGGUCCUGUUCUCGUCCUGACCCAGGUUGGUCGAUUGAUCUCCAAGUCGUGGAGUGUAAUCUUAACCAGAGAUGAGAUCGUCAUUACCCACAUCAGCAGGUUGAUCUGGUCGGACCUCUUACGACCAAAAGAAAGCACUGGGUGA